CUGGCUGUCAGAGACAUGAGUCUGCUCAGAGGAGCUGGAACAAAAGCAGGGCGGCUGAAAAACACUGUGUUUUAGACCGGAUAAAGAGAGAGAUAGAGAGAAAGAGAGAAAGAGGGAGGGAGAAGGAGAGGGAGAAAAGGAGGGAUUUUGUGUUUUUGUGGUGGGUUUUUUUUUGUGGUUGAAGAGACCAGGCCAUGGACGAGCAUGCAGGGCCCGGUGUGUUCUUCAACAAUAACUCGGUGUUACAGAGCGGCGGAGCAGGAAAGAGUGCUGUGGCCGACGGGAGCGGCGCGGAGGCGGGCAGGGCGCAGUACAGCAUCCCGGGUAUCCUGCACUUCCUCCAGCACGAGUGGGCCCGCUUUGAGCUGGACAGAGCACAGUGGGAGCUGGAGAGAGCAGAGCUGCAGGCUCAGGUUGCCUUCCUGCAUGGAGAAAGAAAAGGCCAGGAGAACCUGAAGAAGGACCUGGUGAGGAGGAUCAAGAUGCUGGAGUAUGCGCUGAAGCAGGAGAGGGCGAAGUACCACAAGUUAAAAUAUGGAACAGAGUUGAAUCAAGGUGACAUGAAGCCUCCGAGCUACGACUCCGAGGAAGGGAACGAGAAGGAAGCUCCUGGAUCCCUGAACAGUCAGAUGUGGUGGAAACAGGGCCGUCAGCUCCUCAGACAGUACCUACAGGAGGUGGGUUACAUGGACACUAUCCUGGAUGUGAAGUCUCAGAGGGUGAAGGCUCUGCUGGGGCUUAUGGGAGACUCCAGCCGGACCAAUCAGGAGCCUCUGAUCAAUGGCACGGAUUCGACGCCUAAAGGAGCAAACACGGGGAAAGCAGAGCUGUCGGACUCGAGUGCCGUUCUUGAGGCGUUUAAGUUUAUUGAAAGUGCCACUGCUGAAUUCAGCGAUGAGGAUGAUGAAGAGGACAGUGACGGGAGAGAGAAGACAAUUGUUGACUCACGAACGAUCGUGAGGAAGAAGCCGUCUUCCUCUUUCUCUUCGACUGCUGAUGUGUGUGACGACCUCGACACUGAGGACGCGCUGAAGGACUUUGACUUCCUGUCCACUAGUGAGGAUAUGGACACUUCACCCGAGUCUAGGAGUGCAGGAGACGGUACAGACUGGGAGAAGGACAAGCGCGGCACGUCUGAGGCCUGGGACGUGGAUCAGGGUCUGAUUACCAAACUCAAGGAGCAAUACAGAAAGGAGCGCAAAGGCAAAAAGGGGGUGAAGAGGCCGAACCGCACUAAGCUGCAGGACAUGUUAGCUAAUCUGAGAGAGAACGAGGAUGCGAGUCCGCUUCAGUCGUCCAUCAGUCCUCCGUCUCGGCCGAACACUAACCGCUUCAUUGAACACGACAGCAGCCACACCGAUGAAGUGGAGGCCAUCACCUUCCCCCCCUCCUCGGGUAAAUCCUUCAUCAUGGGAGGAGACGACGCAGUGGACUCAGGUGAGCUGGGUCUGGGGGAACUCGCGGGACUCACCAUCGCCAACGAAGCGGACAACCUCGCGUACGACAUCACUAAUAAUAAAGAUGCCCUGCGUAAGACCUGGAACCCCAAGUUCUCCCUGCGCAGUCACUUCGACGCCAUCCGGGGCCUGGCGUUUCACCCCAGCGAGCCGGUUCUCAUCACAGCCUCCGAAGAUCACACGCUCAAGAUGUGGAACCUGCAGAAAACAACGCCUGCUAAAAAAAAUGCCUCGCUUGAUGUUGAACCUAUUUAUACCUUCAGGGCUCAUAGGGGUGCGGUGCUUUGUGUGGUGUUCAAUAACACAGGAGAUCAGUGCUACAGCGGCGGAGUGGACGGCACCAUCCAGUGCUGGAACACACCAAGCCCCAAUAUCGACCCCUACGACUCGUACCAGCGGUGUGUUAUGCGGGGGGCACUGUCCGGACACACAGACGCGGUCUGGGGGCUGGUACACAGCAGUGCACACCAGCGUCUCCUGUCCUGCUCAGCUGACGGCACGGUGCGGUUAUGGAACGCAUCCAACACUGAGCCGGCCAUCGCCGUGUACAACCAGAACAAAGAGUUAGGUGUGCCUUCUUCAGUUGAUCUGGUGUGCAGUGAACCUGCCUACAUGGUCACGUCUUUCACUAACGGCAAGAUCGGAUUAUUCAACAUGGAGACGCAACAACUAGUGCAGAGCCUCGAGUCUACUACUGAGUCUGGAGAGUCGUGUCAGAUUAACAAAGUGCUGAGUCACCCGACUCUCCCCAUCACCAUCACGGCUCAGGAGGACCAUCACAUCAAGUUCUACGACAACAACACAGGAAAACCUGUCCACUCCAUGGUGGCUCAUCUGGACGCCGUCACGAGUCUUGCUGUGGAUCCGAACGGAUUGUAUCUGAUGUCUGGAAGCCACGACUGCUCCAUCCGUCUGUGGAACCUCGAGAGUAAGACGUGCAUCCAGGAGUUCACGGCCCACCGCAAGAAGUCUGACGAGUCCAUCCAUGACGUGGCGUUCCACCCGUCUAAGUGCUACAUCGCCAGCGCCGGAGCCGACUCGCUCGCCAAGGUCUUCGUAUGAGCCUGGAAACGCCCGACUUUUUUUUAGCCCCGCCCACCGGCACAGACUGAACAAUGAACAGAGCGCCAGGAAUCGGGCUGGGGACCAAUGAACAGGAACCUGUCUUCUCCCAGCUGCCUCGUCUCCUCUCCUCUUUUCUCCUCUCCUCACAGCCCCAGGCUCUUCCACCCCGAUCGGAGAAGGGAAAAGCGCGCUUCAGGGUGAGUCGGUUCCCGCGAGUACCUCCUACAGAAUCCAGGCGGGCCUGGGUGCUCCACACGGACGCUUCCAUGAGCAGGAACCACAGCCACCGUUCGGUCUAAACCGGAGCGGACGAGGAGGAAAUAAACGCCUUAACAUUAGCGACACUUCGGCCCGUUUUUUUUUUCCUCCUUGGGAACGGAGAACCUCGUCUCGGUUCCUCUAGGAUCUGCGGACGUGCGUGUCGUGGAAGACGUUUCCUCUUCUUCCUCUCUCGGCUCCCACGACUGAUACACAACAAUCUGCCUACCUUCUGUUCAUUUUAGAAAAGAAAAAAAAACAGUGAUAAAAAUGUGCCUUUGCUUUAGAAAGGUCUCGAUUUUUUUUUUUUUUUUUUUUUUGAGGGCUUUGGGAAAGGGACGAUAAGAAAGAAAGGAUUUCCGGCUGGGUGUAAAGACGACAUGGUGGAUUUUAACCGUAGAACUUUGGAUGUAUAAUUACAAAUGCAUAUUAAUAAACAAAUCUAUAUAUAUUUAGUCUUAAAUCUUAA